UCCCAGCAGCUCUGUAGCCUCCUGCAGGAUAAAUAGGCUCUUCGCCUUUAACAGUACUGUACCCCACUGAGUGUGCAGAGACAUGUAGGGUUAGCCUAUUGUUUUGCACAUAAGAAAAUGUGCCGUGUAGUUGUUGCUAAUAAUAGCCAAUCUUAUUUUUACCACACCGACGCCUUAUUGCAUUAUGGAUGCCACUGGAAUCCCUGCAAGAUAGCGUGGGAAUAUUUCAGUAGAGGCUGCUCCUCUCUGGGCUAAAUGCUCCAGCAUCCCGCCUGUCUCUGCAGCAGCAUCUCCUUCACUGUGCGCUCUCACUGUGUCAUGGCUGUGGUGUGAGUCUAGACUGCUGUGCGUGGGGAUGCGUUUCUUUUAUCCGCUGCUGUACACUUUAUUCUCUGCAUGCGGGGUUUAGGGCCACAGGAUGCGGGAGUAUAAGGUGGUGGUGCUCGGCAGCGGCGGGGUGGGGAAGUCCGCCCUCACGGUGCAGUUUGUCACCGGGACAUUUAUAGAGAAGUACGACCCGACCAUUGAAGAUUUCUACAGGAAGGAGAUCGAGGUGGACUCCUCUCCGUCGGUGCUGGAGAUCCUGGACACAGCCGGCACCGAGCAGUUCGCCUCCAUGAGGGACCUUUACAUCAGGAACGGACAAGGCUUCAUCCUGGUCUACAGUCUGGUCAACCAGCAAAGUUUUCAGGACAUCAAGCCCAUGAGAGACCAGAUCAUCAGGGUGAAAAGGUAUCAGCAGGUGCCGGUGGUGCUGGUGGGGAAUAAGGUGGACCUGGAAGAGGAGAGGGAGGUGUCCCCCAGCGAGGGACAGGCGCUGGCCGAGGAUUGGGGCUGCCCUUUCAUGGAGACGUCUGCCAAGAGCAAGACCAUGGUGGACGAGCUGUUCGCCGAGAUCGUGAGGCAGAUGGACUUCUGCCCCCUGCCGGACCGGAGAGAGGCGUGCUGCCCCGCCUGCAGCGUGCAGUAGCAGCCUGUCGGAGGGGUGAUGGAUGGGAGGGUUGUUAGAUAAUUAGAAUGCAAAUGAAUUCAUGUUAGAUAGAUUAAAGAUGGAGGGGUUUAAAGGAAAAAUCCACUCUUUCUGAAAACUGUUUCCACCUGCUUUCUGUACGAAGCACAAGUAAACAAAGGAGUGACAUCACUCCUCGGACACAGGGUGGAUUUUUCCCUUGAAAGACUAAAACAACACUUGACCUCCCACGUUCGUCAUCCUGGUUAACAGGAGCAAAUGUUCGGGGGUUUCCCAGAGGCAGCACGGUGCCAAAACCAUCUGAAAAAAGCCAUCGCCAAAGAGGAUCAUAGUGCGAAAUGCUUUUUGGGAAACCAGCCAUAGGUCCGAGCAGGGAUGGCAGUGUUAUUGGUCCUCUUUUUCUUCUGCUUGUGUUUUUCUUGUUGCACUUUUGGGACUUAUUUGACAGUGCAAGACCAAUCACCGAGUAUCUGAACGGAUGUCAAGUAACACCACUGUGAAGGAGUCGUACUGGAAGCUAAGUUCACAGCAGGCCCGCCUAACUAUGAAUGAAUGAAUAGAUGAACGAAUGUUUAAAAAAAAAAAAAAGGAAAGCGCACCUUUGGGGAAACUCCUUCAGAAGAUCCCAAACGUUGACAUACUGUGGAUGAUGUGUGCAUGACGUUGUACUGUCACACUGACAUUGAGUACAAUCAAUCUCACCCAAAGAGACAGUAUCAAUCAACUGAUCAAACAAUCAUUGAAACUUACCGAACACUUGUCUUUACACAUUACGGAUGAUACAAAUGCCUUGUUACAUUGUUGGAAGUGAACAUCAGUGUCAAUGUAUAGUUCAUUUAUCUUAUUCACAUCAGAUAUGUUCGUGGUUCAAUGUGAGAAACACUUAUUUUCAACAAAAAAUAAAUCUUUAUGCACAGA